UCAAACCCUCGACCAAUCAUUUUCUGCACCGCGAGCAAUUAUUCUCGCCGCGCAUGUGGCCGUCACAAUAGCCGUUGCUCAAGAUGAGCUCGCUGUACAAUCUCGAGCCGCAGCCGACCGCCAAGGUUAUCCUGAACACGACCGCCGGUGACAUUGAGCUCGAGCUCUUCGCAAAGCAGACCCCAAUCACAUCACGUAACUUCUUACAGCUUUGUCUAGAUGGGUACUACGAUGGAACCAUCUUCCACAGGCUGGUGCCCAAUUUCGUGAUCCAAGGUGGUGAUCCCACGGGCACCGGAUCUGGUGGAGAGAGCAGCUACGAGGAUGGGAAGCCCUUUCAGGAUGAGUUCCACUCGCGUUUAAGAUUCAAUAGAAGAGGUCUGUUGGGCAUGGCAAACUCAGGCAAGAAUGACAAUACGAGCCAGUUCUUCUUGACCCUGGGCGAGACCCCAGAACUGCAGGGGAAGAACACUAUGUUCGGGCGCGUGGUCGGCGAUACAAUAUACAACUUGAUGAAGAUGGGCGAAGGCGAGCUUGCGGGCCCGGACACGGACAGACCGUUAUAUCCGUACAAGAUCAAGAGCACCGAGAUUUUGGUGAAUCCGUUCGAAGAUAUGGUGAAACGGGAUCUCAAGAAGAGAGCAGUGGCAGCUACAGUGGAAGAGGAAAAGAAGAAACCAAAGAGGAAGGCGGGUAAAGCUAUUCUAAGCUUCGCUGGCGACGAAGACGAAGAGAACGAUGUUGCUCCAGUAAUCAAGAAGCCCAAGUUCAACCCCAAACUCGUGAGCGGAGGACAAGAUCUGCCUAAGAACCCACCCGCUUCGCCGGCAGUCCCGACUCUAGAUACGAAGAAGGAACGUCCUGCUCCUAAGCCACGAAAGUCGCCCUCUCCUUCUCCGCCUCCCAGGCGUGACCAGAUACUCUCAGGCCUUGCUCGUACGUCGUCAAAGAGGCCAGCAUCACCCUCCCAUUCCGAUUCGGACUCGGAGUCCGACUCUGAGCCGGAGCAAGUCAAGAAGGUGUCCGAUCUUGUAUCGAAAACAAAUGCCCAGAUUGAAGAGCUCAAGGCCUCCAUGAGACGGAAGGCUCCAGCUCCUGCGCCCGCUGCGAAGAAGAAAUCGGCGUUGGAAGCCAUGAUACCAGAGACGUCGACAAGAGGGAGAAAGCGUGGCGCGGUCAAGGAAGACCCCAAUGCUAUGAAACUAUUUGCUGCCUUCAAGAGCAAACUUGAUUCCAUCCCCGUAGAGACACAGCGUGAUGAAGGCGAAGAAGGAAGCAAGCAGGCGAUACCUGGGGAGGGUAGUGGUCCUAUCGGCGACGACGAGGACGAAGCCGCACUAUGUGACCUACAUUUCAUAGCGAACUGCCAGAGCUGUAGCAAAUGGGAUCAGGCAGCUGCAAGUGACGACGACGAGGAUCUAAAAGGAACGGGAUGGAUGAGUCACAAACUGACGUUUGCUAAGGAUAGGCUUGGCAAGGAUUUAGAGUGGAAGAGGAAGAACGAGGAAGAACUCCUGGUUAUAGACCCGAGAGAGCGGGAAAAGGAUUUGGGCAUAGGUAGAAAGAAGGGUAAGGAGGACAGAGAAAGGGACCAGCCACGACGGCGAGACAAAACUUCUGAUCUCGACAGGCGGAGAUGAAGCCAAGCUACGGGUGUGUAUGUUUUAUUAAGCCCAUUGGGCCGGCCUUUGUCUAAUCGCAUCGAGCUGCAUACAAAGCCGGCUCAAGCUUAGAUGCUGGAGUCUAUCAUUCCCUAGACAUACAGCUCCUCGAGUAUCUGCUUAACCAAGGCCUGCAUAUCUUGUGCGGCUAACCUUCCAGCCUCUAGUACUUCCUCAUGAUUCGCACGUCCAUG